UUAGUUACGUUACAUUCAACCAUAAAUAUAUAUAAAGAACCUCGAUUGCACACUCCAAUUGAAUGAAAGUCGAAGAAUGGAUCAAUCACAGAAUCAGCGACCAGCUACAUCGACAACACCUUCGCGUUCUCUCCAGUUCCACCCUGCUCGUGGCACCAUUCUCGAUCUCUUCAACCUCUACUUAGGACUCGGCCGAAAUAGCCGCCACAAACCCGAAGAAUCACUUCGCGAACCACCGAACAAGACUCAGAAACGUGUACACGCACUUAAUCGGGAGCUUCCUCCACCAAAUGAGCAAUUCAUUCUAGAUUUUGAGCAACUCCAGAGCCAGUUUCCUGACCAAGAUCAAUUACGCUCUGUUACAGAAGCAAUUCUUAUAUCGCUUGUAGUGCAGUGUAGUGGCCAUGGACCAAGGGCAGACUUUCUUCUUUUUGUUUUACGUGGCUUAUGUGGUAUUGGAUGCAUUAACUGGGACUCCCUUCUGCAGUCCCUUCUUUCCUCGGUUUCUUCUGCAGAAUUACCUGUUGGUCAACUGAGUCAAGCAGUGCCAACUGUUUCCUCAUCGAGCUUAUCACAGACGGGAAUGCUGCCACCUCCAAGCACGAUUGCUAAUUCUUCUAAUUUUCAGUCUUCAAAUCCUGCAUCUCCUUUGACAUCUGUUCAUGCUAUUGGCUCCCCUGCUCAGUCAACGAUAGAACCAUUAUCAUGUGCAGCUAUGUCUCCUGUCAAAUCAUCUGAUAUUUCCUCUGCUGGACAACAAUCUAAACUAAGAGGUGGUUCAUCUGUUAGAAAUAAUGAUAUCAGUAAUAGUAGCCUUCGUCAGCUAUGUUGCAAGAUCAUUUUAAUUGGUCUUGAGUUCAGUUUAAAACCAGUGACUUAUGCGGAAAUUUUCAACCAUAUGCUAAAUUGGUUGUUGAAUUGGGACCAGAGGCAACAGGGAAUCAAUGAAUCUGAUGUUAUAAAAUCGUGGAGACCUGACAAAUCUGUGAUUGCAUGGCUACACAGUUGUCUGGAUGUGAUUUGGCUUUUAGUUGAUGAGGGAAAAUGUCGGGUACCCUUCUAUGAAUUGUUACGUAGUGAUUUGCAAUUCAUAGAAAAUAUUCCUGAUGACGAAGCACUAUUCACUCUUAUCUUGGAGAUCCAUAGGAGACGAGAUAUGAUGGCUAUGCACAUGCAAAUGUUAGAUCAACAUCUUCAUUGCCCUACCUUUGGGACUCAUCGGAUCCUGACUCAGACGACACCUACUGUUUCAGGUGAAGCUGUAACCCACAUGCGACUAUCACCAAUUACAUAUUCAAGUGUACUUGGAGAACCAUUGCAUGGAGAGGAUAUCGCAUCCUCUAUUCAGAAGGGAAGUUUGGACUGGGAGAGAGCUGUACGUUGUAUAAGGCAUGCUUUACGUACUACACCAUCACCUGAUUGGUGGAGACGCGUGCUGGUGUUGGCACCUUGCUAUAGACUUUCAUCUCAAAUGCCAACUGCUGGUGCUGUUUUUUCUUCGGAGAUGAUCUGUGAAGCAACUAUUGAUAGAAUAGUUGAAUUAUUGAAAAUGACAAAUUCAGGCAAUAAUUUUUUAUCUCACUCUUUAUAACUGUAUGCAUUACAUAGAGUUCUUAUUAGGCUUUGUUGGAUAGAUAAGUAGAUUUGAAUUCUGCUGUUUUGCUAUGAGUUAGCCUUAAAAUAAGUUUAGAAAAGGGAUGUACAUUAAUUAUUGUAUUUUUUACAUUCACUAAUCUCCAUCUUAUGGGUAAACGACUAUGCUUAAAAGGGGCAAUAACAAUAUAGGGAAUAAGGAAACAACAACACCAGGGAAGCAAAUAUCUAAAGAAUAAAUACAGAGAUAUUUUUAACCUCCUAAUUGUCUAUGAUUCCUGAAACAUUCCUCAUCAAGUUGAUAAAUCAAUACCAACAAACUUUUAUUAGUUGUAAACAAUCUGAAUGCAAUACCACUGAAUUGCAGUACCCUCCUUAAAAUAUCCUAAUU